GCAGAUAUUAUUAUUAUUUAUUGUCUUGUCGGCGUUUGAUUUGGUUCACAAUUAUUAUUGUUUAUAAUUUUGUUAUAUUGACAGAUAACUGAUAUUAAAAUAAUGGAGAGCAAUAAGGAACAUGAAGAAUCUGUUGCUCUAGUGCUCCAGCCACCCAAGGAAAAAAAACUCAAACAAACACGUUUACCAUUUCAAACGGUAUCAUCAUUAGGAUCACCAAAUACGUCAAAUAAAAAACGUAAAUUAUCAUCACCAUCACCAACAAGUUGUAAAAGUCCAAAAGUACAAAAAAUUGGUAAAAAAGAAAACUCUCUAAAAUUUGCUGAAGUUAUUGAUGUUGAAUCAAUUCAUGAAAAAGACAACAAAACAAAUGAGGUAGAUGUUAAUGUAAAUUCAAUUGAUUCAUCAGAUAUUGCCAGUCAUUUGAAUGACAAAAAAACAAAUUCAACAAAGCACGGAGAUAUAUCAAAAUUUUUGACAAAAAUUAGUGUAGUGUCUACAAAGGUGUCAUCACCAGUUGCUGAUAAAAAAUCACAAGUGUCAUCACCUGCUCAAUUAAAAGUUGAAGUUGAAAAUAAAUUACCAAUUGUUUUGUUAAAUAGAUGUGAUGAUGGGGACAGUGUUGAGCCAAUGACAGUAUCAAAUGAUUCACUUGAUAAUUUAGAUAAAACAAAUGUGGUUUGUGAUGAAUCAAGUAAUGAUGUUUUGGCUGAACCACUACCAGAUUCUGAUAAUGAUGAGGAUCAAAAUUCCCUAGAUAAAACUCAAGAUUCAUCAUCUGACUCUGAAAUAGUAACAUCAACAUCUGAAGAUGAUACACAAGACGACAAAAAAUCAGAUGAUGAUGAUGAUGAAAAGAAAAUAAAUAAUGAAAAAUCAACAAAUGACAUGGCUGAUGAUAAAAGUCAAUCAACAGAUAAAAAACCAGAAUCAGUUAUUAAAAAAAAACGUGCAUUAACACAAAAACAAAUUGAAAAAAAAUUAGCAAGUGCUAAAAAACGUGAACUACAAAAAGAAGCUAAAGCUGAAAAAGAAAAACAAACAGAAUUACAAAAAUUACAAAGAAGAAAAGAACGUGAAGAAAAAAAAAAAGAAACAUUAAAAAAAAAAGAAGCUGAAAUUGAAGCUAAAAAAAAAGAACGUGAACAAAAAGAAUUAAAAAAACAAAUUGAAAUUGAACAAAAACAAAAAGAACGUGAACAAAAAGAAGAAGAAAAACGUAAAAAAGAAGAAGAAAAAUUAGAAGCUGAAAGAAAAAAACAAAAAGUAUCAUCAACAUUUAAAAAUUUUUUUGUUCCAAAAAAACUUGAUAAUAAAAUUAAUGAAGAAAUUAAAACAAGUAAUUUUAUGCCAUUUGAAAUUAAAGCUGAUAUGAAAAUAGCACCAGCAUGUCGUAGAAAUUUUAAUGAUGAAGAUAAGCUAAAUUUCGAUAAUAAUUGUUUAAUUAAAAAAAAUGAAUAUACUGAUCAACUAUGGCUAGAUGAAGUUAGAAAAAAUCAUUCUAAAAUACGUAAAAGUGGAAAAACAUGGCCAACUGAAUCAAAAGAUGAUGACAUUAUUGCUCUAGAAGAAGAUGAUGUUGACAAUAUUAAUGUCGUUGAUCAAUCAACAGCUGUUACGGAAAAACAACGAGCAAAAUUAUUGUCAUUCACUGAAAAUCGUCGUCCACCAUACUGGGGUACAUGGAGAAAAAAAAGUGAUAAAAUUAAUCCAAAAAAACCAUUCAACAAAGAUACUAAAUGGUUUGAUUAUGAUGUUGACUCUGACGAGGAGUGGGAAGAGGAAGAACCAGGUGAAUCAUUGUGUGGAUCUGAUGAAGAAAAAGAAGAGGAAAAUGCUGAUGACAAUGAGUAUGAUGUUGACAAUGAGUUCAUGGUUCCACAUGGUUAUCUUUCGGAUGAGGAAGCUCGGCCUGAUGAAGAAGAUGAAGAAGACAUGACACCAGAAACGCAAAAGUUUAAAUUAAAAAUUCUUGGUGAACAAUUUCAAGCUGAAAUGAAUGAAAAAACAGCUAAAAUAAAACCACGUGUUAUUGGUAUUCUUUGGCAAAAUAUGGAAAAUAAUUAUCCUGAUAAUACACCAGAAAAGGUUGUUAAAUAUAUGACAGCACGUCAAGCAUGGGUACGUGAAAUUCCAAUUGAGCUGACAAAGCCAUUAGAAGUAAAAAUUGAAAAUGAAAAAGUACGAGGUCCUAAAAAAACACGUUUACCAGAUGAAGCAUUAUCACAUUUAAUAAAAUUAAUUCAUGGUAAUAGACAAAAACGUGAAUUUCUUGUUAAUGAAUUCAUAACAUUUUGGAGUAAAACACAUGGUGAUGAUGCUAAAUUAACUAAAUCAAGUAUUGAUAGUAAAAUAAGUGAAAUUGCAAAACGUAUACCAUGUCCAGAUGAAGGUUUAAUGCAUUUAAAAAAUUGUUGGUAUGUAUCAGAAGAAAUUAGAAAACAAUAUCUUGAUGAAGAAAUAAAAUUACCAAAUCAAUGGUCAUAUAAUUUAACACCAAAACGUAAAACAAUACUUGAUGAUAGUUUUGAUAAAACAGAUAAAGACAUAAAAGAACAAAAAGAUAAAAUUGAAAAAGAUCUUAAAGAUAAAAAAAAUUCAUCAUCAUUAAUAACACAAUUUACACAAAAAAUAACAACAGAAGAAUUAAAAAAACAAUUUAAACCAACAUCACCAUCUGUUAAAACGACAAAUUCAUUAAAUAGACCACCAAAAAGAGCAACAUUAAUUUCAGUACCAAGAGGUGAGCUAAUUCCACCAACAUCAAAUUUUCCAGCUUUUAAUAAAAUCCCUGAAAUCAUUGAAACAAAUCAAAAUAAUAAUAAAGAUAAACAACAAACUGAUGAAAUUAUUUUGGAUUAAAAUAAACAUGACAAAUUUAAAUUUAAAAAAAAUAUUAAAUACAAUUUAAUCAGACAACUGUACAAAAAAAAAAACAAAAACGUUUUUCUUUUUUUUCUUUUCAAUUUCAAGCAAAAUUGUGUUAGUUUAUUUUUUGCUGAAAUUGUUUUAUAUCGUGCCACAAUAAUUUUGAUAAGUUUGAUUAUUUAUUUGCGUGUAAAACAACAAUGUAAAUUUCAAGACGCAUCAUUGAUAAAAAAUAUCAAUGUGAUUAUUAUCUCUCAUCAUCACUAUGUUACUAACUCAGUGAAUCGAAAAAAAUAUUUCGAAAUAUUUUUUCUACCUGUUUGUUUUUUUCACUAUUAAUAUAUUUUUAAGAAUUAUUUUUUACAUUUUUUCUUCUUCAUUUGAAUGAUUCAAUAAAAAACAGAUUAAUAAUAGAUAAUAUUUUUCAAGGAUUUAAUAAAAUAUGUAAAUUGUAUGCAUUUAUAAUGUUGUUUGUAACGAGUACAUUAAUGUGGACAUUAGAACAACCGUUACUAUCAAACAUGUUAAUAUAUAUAAUAUAUAUUUAUGUAAAAAUAUGCCUUGACGUUUUUUUUCUUCUUUUUUUUUGUUCAUAAAAACAUUAUAUAUUUUUUUUAAAUUAAAUAAUAUUAACUAGGUAUAUAUUUUUAUUAUAACUUAACAAUUAAUCAUUUAAAAAUGUUAAUAAUAAUCACACACAUAAACAUCAAUGUGAGAUUUAAUUUUUGUGAUAAAAAAUUAUAAUGUGGCCUUAAAAAUUUCACUGAAAACAUUAAAAAAUAUUUUAUUAAAAUUUUCCAACUGCCAAUAGUAAAUGUGGUAUUAGUGUCUAAAAAUCUUCGUUAAGAAAAAAAGUGAAAAAAAAAAUAAAUAACGAUAU